AUGCAUUUCACUUCUUCGGUUGGAGACAGAGGAGACAAGUCGGCGCCAUUUUCUCCCUCCCAUGCAGUACUACACGGUAAGUGCAAUUAACUCAAACUUACUGAAACAAUUAUAAAUUGAUGCUGAGAAUUUCAGUAUGAACAAUGAAACAUCUACAGAGAAUAUAUGCCUAACAAAACCGUGUUUGUUGCCAGGACUGAGCAGCAAAUUUGUCCUGGUGAUUAUCUAGCUAGAAGUGUAUGGUAAGCUAGCUAACAGUUUGUUACUUAAAUCGUCUCCAACUUUAUCAAUGAUGAUUUAAUGAAGGAAAAACAAAGCAUUAUGUUUUUUUACUGUAUAAAAUCUUGUUUGAGGCUGGAGCUAACGUCUUUUUUCCCCCCUUCACUUUGAACAUCAAAGGGGCCGCAAAAAACAUGUCCCAACAUGCAGAGGGUGUUUCAUGUGUUUAGUUGUCUGUGUGACCAGCCUACCACUGUAUUUGGUGACCAAUCAGAUUCUAUGACCUGCAGAGUUGGAAAAAGUACUCAGAUCAUUUACUUAAGUAAAAUUAUAUAAGUAUUACCAGUUAAUUGUACUGAAAUUACUAAGUUAAAGCUAAAGUACAAAAUUAGCAGAAAAUCGGGCUGUGACUGUGAGUGAAUUAAACAUUUAUUAAACAUUUAAGUGCAUCAUUAAAUACUGAUGAGUCAAUGCAUAAGCAGCAUUUUAAUAUCUCAGUCACAGCGCGAUUUUCUGAAAAUUUGUACUUUUUCCAACAGUGCAGGUCACAGAAUCUGAUGGGUCACCAAAAAUGGUGUAACACUGUCGAUUUAGCUUUAAUCUUUACAGUUCUUCCUUUAAAUGUUUAUUUACUUUGUCAAACUUCCUUGCAUGUCUCAGUCAAAAUGCUGGUCCAGGUGAAGUACAGCCAACAGCAGAAAUAUGUGAAGCUGGAUGAGGAUGAAGGACGAUUUGACUUUAUGCAAUUCCAUGAAAACGGUUAGCAUGGCUUAGGAAAACGGUUUUAAACCACACCCAUGUUCUUUUAAAAGCUCAUUGUGCAAGCUUCUUAAUGUUGUCGAUUCUGAUUUAUUUACAUGCCUUUAUCAGACUCUAUUAUACGGUAAAUGGGGUUAAAUUGUUAAUCAUUUUCAGUUCUGUAAUGUGUGCUUCAUAGAGUGUAAAGUAUUAAUAUACACCAAACAGUCAAUAAAAAAAGCCAAUCAUCAAUUUUUAAAUUUGGACUUAAGAGGGAAUGGGUUAUGUGAGGGAAAAUGCUCUAGGUCUAUUUAAGGAUUAUACAGUGGUGGAUGUAUGUAUUUAACGUGAACAGUUAUUGGCUGUGAGGCAAGAAACAGUGCUGACUUCAAAGGCACAUUCAGUUUGACCUUACUAUCUUUCUCCAGUCAUCGAGAGAUUUUGCCUGCCACCUGAUGCAAAAGUUAUAUACAAGGAUGCAACAGGGACAGAAGUUGAUGCAGAAAUAUUCAGCGACCUCGUUGGACAAGGCAAUGUGGUGCUGACAGUAUUCUCAGAUCAGGGUUGAGAUAUCAAGGCAGGUAUAAUAAAGCACUUUACACCUUACAUAAUAUAAUUAUUUGCAUUUUUUCUAUUCCUUUAGAAUUCUCUGAUUUCUCCUUGUCUUCUGCUUCUGAGACGUCUGACUCAAGCAUCAGCUCAAGUGCAUCAACUAUAAUCCUAGAUGAUGUCCCUAGCAAGAGACAAAGAAUUGAGGAUACACGUGAUGCUGUGUCUACUGAACAGGUUUCUUAAUGCUUUCACAUUUUUUCACUCUGAGUCUCUAGAAAAGCUAUUUAUCACCAUGUUUUGUAUUCCAAUGUUUUUGUUUUUUAUUAGUUGAUUGAAGCUGUGCUAAGAGGCAAGUCUGGGGGUGAAGAAGUACUACAGGAGUACCAAACAACAGAAACCCUAACAGAUGCUGCAAGAAGAAAAAUGGUUAACAUCCUGGUGGCUCACAUGAUUGACAAUCAUGGGUAUGUUUGUUUCACAUUGUUUUUAUUUGUGCCAAAUAACUGCAUGGCCAUUGCAUAAAUGUACUAAUUUAAUAUCUCCUCUCAGGCACCGCCCCACUAAAGCAAUCAGAGAAGAUUAUGCACGUGGGAUAGUGAUGUUGUUCCCUUCCCUCAAGGAUCCAUACUCCAAUAGGCAUUAUUAUUGUUAACUCUUUCAUGUCAUGUUGUGACACACAACUCUGUGGACGACAUUGAUAUUUGAAUUCGGUGAGAUUUCACAUGAGCCUGGUAUGACAACGCAUUUAUUUUAUUAUUUUCAUUUCAGGAACACUUCUAUGAUGCUGCAAGCAGCACAGGAUACAUUUCUUGGCGUCUGAAAACAGUCCAGAGGAUGAUU